CUGUCAUUUGUCAAGCAGAAGUUUGUUUUGGUUAUGUUAUGUACUUUUUCAAUCCCAAUGUUAUUUUGAGGAUUUUCUCCAAGACAUUCAUUUAUAUUUAAAGGAGAAGUAUAAAAAGCAAGAUGAGCAGAAGAAGACCUCAUGAGGAUGACGAUGGCUAUGAGAGAGCCUACAGAAAACGACGCAGGGUUUCAGAAAAUCAAGAAAUCGAAGAUCGACUUGAAUCUUUAAUCCUCAGAGUUGGCGAGAAGAGCACAUCUUCUCUAGAGAGUAAUUUGGAAGGCCUAGCAAGUGUGCUUGAAGCAGAUUUGUCUACAUUCAGAGCUAAAAUAUUACGCAUCCUAACUGACUGUGCAAUUCGAAUGCCUGAGAAAUGCACUAUAUAUACCACAUUAGUAGGAUUGCUUAACGCAAAAAAUUUCAACUUUGGAGGAGAAUUUGUUGAAUACAUGGUAAAAACAUUUAAGGAGUCAUUAAAAAAUUGCAAAUGGGAUGCUGCAAGAUAUGCUCUAAGAUUUCUUGCUGAUCUAGUGAAUUGUCAUGUAAUUUCAACAGUCUCCUUAUUGCAACUUCUUGAUAACAUGAUGGAUACAGCAAAUGAGGAUAAUGUACCACAAGUCCGAAGAGACUGGUAUGUGUUUGCUAUACUUAGUACGUUGCCUUGGGUUGGAAGAGAACUCUAUGAAAAGAAAGAAAAGUUAUUGGAACAUCUCUUGGUGCAAAUAGAAAUAUUUUUAAAUAAGAGAACAAAAAAACACCAUAAUGCAUUGAGAGUAUGGGCAAUAGAUACUCCACACCCUCAAGAAGAGUACUUGGACUGCCUUUGGGCACAGAUCAGAAAGUUGAAGCAAGACAACUGGGCUGAGAAGCAUAUACCUAGACCUUACUUAGCAUUUGACUCUAUUUUAUGUGAAGCCUUGCAACAUAAUCUGCCACCAAUCAUACCUCCACCUCAUCAUGAUAGUUAUCAAUACCCUAUGCCAUGGGUAGUUUUCAGGCUUUUUGAUUAUACUGAUUGUCCAGAGGGACCUAUUUUACCAGGUGCUCAUUCAAUUGAAAGAUUCCUCAUAGAAGAACAUUUACAUUCCAUUAUUGAAAUGUAUCAUUUGGAAAGAAAAGAUUGUGCAGCACAUUUGUUAAACUUCCCAUAUAAGUUAAAAAUACCUUUAGAAUACUGUAUUGUAGAAGUGGUCUUCGCAGAGUUGUUCCAUAUGCCAACUCCAAGGUAUUUGGAGAUAGCUUAUGGUGCUAUUUUGAUUGAGCUAUGUAAACUGCAACCAUCUACAAUGCCACAAGUACUUGCUCAAGCAACAGAGAUGUUGUUUCUGAGAAUCGAUUUUAUGAACGUGUCCUGUUUUGAUAGAUUUGUAUGUUGGUUUGCAUACCAUCUCAGUAACUUCCAAUUUAGAUGGUCUUGGGAAGAUUGGGAUGUUUGCCUAACUUUGGAUGAAGAGCAUCCAAAGCCUAAAUUUGUUAGAGAGACAAUGCUGAAAUGUAUGAGGUUGUCUUACCAUCAGAGGAUAAGGGAAAUAUUACCAGAGAGCUUUGCCAAGUUUAUUCCAGAGAAACCUGAGCCAGAUUACAAGUAUGCCAAAGAAGGAGCUGCUGCCCUCCCUGGUACUGCAGCCGCUCACCAGCUGGUGAAGUCGAUACGACAGAAAUGUACUCCAGAAGAAGUGAUAGCUGUUCUCAAAGAUCUGCCGAAUCCGCGUUCGGAGGAAGACAGUGACGGAAGGUUUAACCCUCUCAAGAUAGACGUUUUUGUUCAGACUUUGCUAAAUCUAGGUUCCAAGAGUUUUUCGCAUAGCUUUGCAGCCAUCUCCAAGUUCCACUAUGUGUUCAAAAUUCUUGCGGAGAGUGAAGAGGCUCAAAUAUGCGUACUUAAGAAUAUGUUUGAACUAUGGCACAACCACCAGCAGAUGAUGAUCGUUCUUAUUGACAAGAUGCUGAAAACCCAGAUAGUCGAAUGCUCAGCGGUGGCUAACUGGAUAUUCUCGAAACAAAUGACAAAAGAAUUCACCAAGAUGUACUUAUGGGAGAUCCUGCAUUUGACGAUUAAAAAGAUGAACAAGCACGUCAUCAAGCUGGGCGCUGAACUGGUUGAAGCGCGAGAAAAAUUAGCUAGGGCGGAGUCUAGCGACAGCGAGUCUGAAGAAGAUGAAAAUAAAAAGAAUGUUUCUAGGCAAGACGAUGCUGAGAAACCGACUGAAGAAAUGGUGGAAAGAAUGGAAGAGAAACUGGAAGCAGCCCAAGCAGAUCAGAAGAAUCUGUUUUUGAUCAUUUUUCAACGAUUCAUCAUGAUCUUGUCAGAACAUUUGGUGAGGUGCGAUACAGAUGGAGUGGAUUACAAGAGCCACUGGUACAGAUGGACGAUUGGAAGAUUGCAGCAAGUCUUCAUGGCACAUCACGAGCAAGUGCAGAAGUACAGUUCGACAUUGGAAACGCUUCUCUUCACCCAAGAUCUGGAUCACCAUAUUCUGGAGAUCUUCCAGCAGUUCGUUUCAUUAAGAGCUUGAGUUUGCAAGCUAAUUUUCGAAUAAGAACAAUUCCUUGUAAUUCGAUUUCAUUCAUCGAUUCUGGAGUUUAGGAAUGUCUUUUUUCCUAUCAGGAUUUUAUUUUGUGUAAUGUCAUUGUGUAGUGUGCUUAAGUGAAUCCGUUCAGUAUUAACUGCAGAAUCGAUUUAAAUGACAGGGAAACUUAGUAAAUAAAGUGAUUUAUAUCAUUGUUAA